GUCCAGAGAGCCGUAGAAGAAUCCAGAACCCAUGACUGAUGGUGCCUCCUUUAUAUAAGAGCCCACCCGAGCCCUUUUUUUUCUCGCGAAUCAAGUAAUCUCGACUAAAUUCUCUCUCUUUCUCUCUCUCUCUGUGAAAGCUUUUAAUCGAUUUCUUUCGUUCUCUUUUCUGGUUUCUUGUUCGUGAAGGAAUUUGUGUCAAUGGCGGAAGUGCAGAUGGCCGAUGCGGAGACCUUCGCCUUCCAGGCGGAGAUCAACCAGCUACUGAGCUUGAUCAUCAACACAUUUUACAGCAACAAGGAGAUAUUCCUUCGUGAGAUCAUCAGCAACUCCUCUGAUGCUUUGGAUAAGAUCCGAUUUGAGAGCCUUACGGACAAAAGCAAGCUCGAAGCUCAGCCAGAGCUCUUCAUUAGGAUCGUCCCUGACAAGGUCAACAAGACCCUCUCCAUCAUUGACAGUGGUAUUGGCAUGACAAAAGCAGAUUUGGUGAACAACUUGGGCACAAUUGCGAGGUCUGGGACCAAGGAAUUUAUGGAGGCAUUGCAGGCCGGAGCGGAUGUGAGCAUGAUUGGCCAAUUCGGCGUGGGUUUCUACUCCGCCUAUCUUGUUGCUGAGAAAGUCAUUGUGACCACAAAGCACAACGACGAUGAGCAGUACAUCUGGGAAUCCCAAGCCGGUGGUUCCUUCACCGUCACACGGGACAGCGGAGAGCAACUUGGAAGGGGUACCAAGAUCACCCUCUUCCUCAAGGAGGAUCAGUUGGAGUACUUGGAAGAGAGGAGGAUCAAGGACCUUGUGAAGAAACACUCCGAGUUUAUCAGCUACCCCAUCUACCUCUGGACCGAAAAAACGACUGAGAAAGAGAUCAGUGACGAUGAAGACGACGAGCCCAAGAAGGAGGAAGGAGAUGUGGAGGACGUUGAUGAGGAGAAGGAGACCAAGUCGAAGAAGAAAAAGAUCAAGGAGGUCUCUCACGAGUGGCAACUCAUCAACAAGCAGAAACCCAUCUGGCUGCGGAAGCCGGAGGAGAUCACCAAGGAGGAAUACGCCUCCUUCUACAAGAGCUUGACCAAUGACUGGGAGGAUCAUCUUGCUGUCAAGCACUUCUCUGUUGAGGGUCAGCUUGAAUUCAAGGCUAUCCUCUUUGUACCCAAGAGGGCGCCGUUCGAUCUAUUUGACAACCGGAAGAAGAUGAACAACAUUAAGCUGUAUGUGAGGAGGGUGUUCAUCAUGGACAACUGCGAGGAGCUCAUUCCUGAGUACCUUGGGUUCGUGAAGGGUGUGGUGGACUCUGACGACUUGCCGCUCAACAUCUCUCGUGAGAUGUUGCAACAGAACAAGAUAUUGAAGGUGAUCAGGAAGAACCUUGUGAAGAAGUGCAUUGAGAUGUUCAAUGAGAUUGCUGAAAACAAAGAGGACUACAACAAGUUAUAUGAGUCUUUCUCGAAGAACCUGAAAUUGGGUAUCCACGAAGACAGCCAGAACAGGAACAAAUUGGCUGAUCUGCUCCGAUACCACUCUACCAAGAGCGGUGACGAGUUGACUAGUCUGAAGGACUACGUGACUAGAAUGAAGGAGGGUCAGAAGGAUAUUUACUACAUCACUGGUGAAAGUAAGAAGGCUGUGGAGAACUCUCCAUUCUUGGAGAGGCUCAAGAAGAAGGGGUAUGAAGUGCUUUUCAUGGUUGAUGCGAUCGAUGAGUAUGCUGUUGGACAGUUGAAAGAGUACGAUGGUAAGAAGCUGGUUUCUGCUACCAAGGAGGGCUUGAAGCUUGACGAAGAGACCGAGGAAGAGAAGCAGAAGAAGGAGGAGAAGAAAAAGUCUUUCGAGAACCUCUGCAAGACCAUCAAGGACAUAUUGGGUGACAAAGUCGAGAAGGUUGUUAUCUCUGACAGGAUUGUAGACUCACCUUGCUGCUUGGUGACCGGGGAGUAUGGUUGGUCGGCGAACAUGGAGAGGAUUAUGAAGGCUCAGGCACUAAGGGACAGCAGCAUGGGCUCUUACAUGUCGAGCAAGAAGACGAUGGAGAUUAACCCUGACAAUGGCAUUAUGGAGGAGCUGAGGAAAAGAGCUGAGGCUGAUAAGAAUGACAAAUCGGUGAAGGAUCUUGUGUUGCUGCUCUUCGAGACAGCCCUCUUGACCUCCGGUUUCAGCCUUGAUGAGCCCAACACAUUUGCUGCUAGAAUUCACAGGAUGUUGAAGCUCGGUCUCAGCAUUGAUGAGGAAGAGACUGGCGGUGACGAUACUGAUAUGCCUGCUUUGGAGGAGGAUGUUGCCGAGGAGAGCAAGAUGGAGGAAGUGGACUGAUAUGAUCCUUAUUUUGUUUUGUUGGUAGGAUUGUGUGUAUGUUGGAAGGGGGGGGGGGGAUUUUUGUUAAAGUUUCAAUCGUGUGUGUGUUUUUUCUUCCUUUCUGGUCUACAUGUCGAGUCAAUUUGUGCUUUCUUUGACAAAUUAAUGUAGAAUCUGGGCUUGUCUACAUACAUGCUUGAAUGGGAUAGACGUUCUUUGUUUAACUGAGCUAUGUGAUAAAAAAAAUACAAGAUGUAUUGUUCAA